GCUGUUGGUCCUCGAAACAAGUUUUCCCCGCGUUCAUCGGUGAAAGUUCACAAAUUGAAGGAUAGUGGCGGGAGUUGUUGUCAGUCGGGGGCUGUUGUGAAGGAGUAACUUUGAUAGGCAUGGAUUCUAAAAGACGCAAUGGUGGCUCUAAACUUGGCGGUGCGUCCCAGGCCAAACGGGGGAAACCUGCUGGUGAAUGGGAGGAUAGUCCAUCGCAGUUUGAAGAGGAGUUGUCCAUGUUUGAAGAAGCAGAGAUGGAGUCAGAGGAGAUGGAGGGGCAGGCAGGGCAUGAUGUUAUUCCUGUAGGUGACCUCUUUUCAGCAGACCUGAACCCUCGUUGGCGGCGGCCUAUUGCCGCUUCACUGGACCCGUCAUCAGAAAGUUUGGUGUUUCAGCAGAUUGAUCUCGACUAUUAUUUAGGGCCGACGGUGGCAGGCAUGCCCGGCCAGUCUCAGGGAACAGUCCCGAUUAUUCGAAUGUUUGGGGUGACAGACAGUGGCAACAGUGUGUGCUGCCAUGUCCACGGUUUUGCGCCUUACUUCUAUGUUCCUGCACCAGCUGGGUUCAAAUCAGAUUUCCUGGGUGAAUUUAAAAGAGAGUUGAACUCUGUUGUCCUGAAGGACAUGCGAUCCAAUAAGGACAACAUAUCCGUCACAGUGUUGGCUGUGGACAUCACCCGCAAAGAGAGCAUGUACGGUUACCAUGGGAAACGCAUUUUGGAUUUUUUGCGGAUUACCAUGGCGAUGCCACGUCUCAUCGCCCCAGCUAAGAGGCUGCUGGAGCAGGGCUUCAAGUACGGACCUUUCCCCAUCCAGUGCUACCAAUCCUAUGAGGCCAACAUCGAUUUUGAGAUAAGGUUUAUGGUGGACUGUGACGUGGUGGGAUGCUGCUGGAUUGAACUUCCCAAAAGCAAGUUCAGAGUGCGUGAAGAGAAGCUCGUGGGGGGAACAGAUUCUAGAUACCCCAGCAAGGAGAGCCUGUGUCAGUACGAGGUGGAUGUGGGAUGGACAGAUCUGAUAAGUCACCCUACAGAGGGAGACUGGCAGAGGAUCGCUCCGCUCAGGGUGCUCAGCUUCGACAUCGAGUGUGCAGGAAGAAAAGGAAUCUUCCCAGAGGCAGACAAAGACCCUGUGAUUCAGAUAGCCUCUAUGGUGCAGCGUCAGGGUGAGUCAGAGCCCUUCAUCCGCACCGUGUUCACGCUCCAGUCCUGUGCCAGCAUCGUGGGCUCUCAGAUAUUGUGCUUCACACAGGAGAAACAGCUACUGCAGAGCUGGGCCGAGUUUUUGAGGACAGUGGACCCAGACAUCGUCACAGGAUACAACAUCCAGAACUUUGACUUUCCCUACUUGAUCAACAGGGCAGCUACUUUAAAGGUGAAUCUCUUUCCCUACCUCGGCCGAGUGCGAGGCAUCAAGUCAGUCAUGCGAGACUUAAACUUCCAGAGCAAGCAGAUGGGCCGCAGAGAGAACAAGAUCAUUAACAUGGAGGGCCGAGUUCAGUUUGAUCUAUUGCAGGUUCUUCUCAGGGAUUAUAAACUGCGCUCCUACACACUGAACGCUGUGAGUUACCACUUCCUACAAGAACAGAAAGAGGAUGUGCAGCACUCCAUCAUCACUGAUCUGCAGAAUGGCAACGAGCAGACUCGUCGUCGUCUAGCCGUCUACUGCCUGAAAGACGCCUACCUCCCGCUGCGCCUGCUGCAGAAGCUGAUGUGUGUGAUUAACUACAUGGAGAUGGCCAGAGUGACGGGCGUUCCUCUCACCUACCUGCUCUCCAGAGGGCAGCAGAUCAAGGUUGUCUCUCAGCUGCUGCGACAGGCCAUGAAGCAGGACCUUGUCAUGCCUGUUGUGAAGACAGAAGUAGGAGAAGACUACACUGGAGCGACUGUCAUUGAGCCGGAGAAAGGGUAUUAUAGCAUCCCCAUUGCUACCCUGGAUUUCUCCUCCCUGUAUCCGUCCAUCAUGAUGGCUCACAAUCUGUGCUACACCACCCUGCUGCAGAAAGGCUCAGGGGAACAACUGAGCCUCGCUCCAGAGAACUUCAUCAAGACUCCCACUGGGGACAUGUUUGUGAAAAGCUCUGUGAGGAAAGGACUCCUGCCUGAGAUCCUGGAGAACCUGCUGUCUGCCAGGAAGAAGGCCAAAACGGAGCUAAAGAAUGAGACGGACCCCUUCAAGAGGCAGGUGCUGGACGGCCGGCAGCUGGCUCUCAAAAUCAGUGCAAACUCCGUGUACGGCUUCACGGGGGCUCAGAUCGGCAAGCUGCCCUGCCUGGAGAUCUCACAGAGCGUCACAGGUUUUGGAAGACAGAUGAUCGAGCAAACCAAACAGCUGGUGGAGUCCAAGUACACCAUUGCCAAUGGUUACCAAGGUGAUGCCAAGGUUAUUUAUGGGGACACAGACUCCGUCAUGGUUAAGCUCGGAGUUGCCACAGUGCAGGAGGCCAUGAACAUCGGGAGGGAGGCGGCAGAGUGGGUGUCGACUCAUUUCACACCUCCCAUCAAACUGGAGUUUGAGAAGGUGUACUACCCAUACCUGCUGAUCAACAAGAAGCGCUACGCAGGCCUGUAUUUCUCCGGAAGUGCAGACACUUAUGAAAAGAUGGACUGUAAAGGCAUUGAGACGGUCCGCAGAGACAACUGCCCUCUGGUGGCUAACCUCAUCAACACCUGUCUGCAGAAAUGCCUCAUAGACAGGGAUCCUCAGGGUGCCGUGGCUCACGCUAAAGAAGUGAUCUCAGACCUGCUGUGCAACCGCAUCGACAUCAGCCAGCUCGUCAUCACCAAGGAGCUGACGCGCGCGGCUCAGGAGUACUCCAACAAACAGGCGCACGUAGAGCUGGCCGAGAGGAUGAGGAAAAGAGACGCCGGCAGCGCCCCGAACCUGGGGGACCGAGUGCCGUACGUCAUCAUCAAGGCUACAAAGGGAGUGGCAGCGUACAUGAAGUCAGAGGACCCGAUCUUCGUGCUGGAGAACAACAUUCCCAUCGACACACAAUACUACCUGGAGCAGCAGCUGUCCAAACCCCUGCUGAGAAUAUUUGAGCCAAUCCUGGGAGAGAGCAAGGCCGAGAACAUCUUGCUCAAGGGCGACCACACGCGCUGUAGGACGGUGUUGACCUCGAAGAUCGGGGGCCUCAUGGCCUUCGCUCAGAAGAGGAGCACCUGCAUCGGCUGCAAAGCCGUGCUCAAAAGCGACACCGCUGUGUGCGAUUUCUGUAAGAAGAAGGAGUCUGCACUGUACCAAAAAGAGAUCUUCCACCUGAACACACUGGAGGAGCGUUUCUCCCGCCUGUGGACUCAGUGCCAGCGGUGCCAGGGCUCCCUCCAUGAGGAUGUGCUCUGUACCAGUCGGGAUUGUCCCAUCUUUUACAUGAGGAAGAAGGUCCAGAAAGAUUUGGAUGACCAGAGCAGUCUGGUGAAUCGCUUCGGAUGGUGAGAGGCUCCUUCCAGAUGACCGCAAACUCAUAUCGUCUCUAUUGUUCUUAUGUCUGUAGUGCUUGUAAAAAUGCAUAUAUGUUACACUAUUUCUAUGUUUUCUACUAUGAAUAAAAUGUCCUUUUUGUAAAAUAAAAUCAAGCAACAAUCUA